UUUGAUUUGACAGUUCGCCGCGUCCUAACAGCUGUUUUACCAUUUGCCUCGAAAAAGCACGAUUUUAAAAUCGGUUGAGCUUGUUUGCACGUGUCUUUAAGUUAAUUUGAAAAAGAAUCGUUCAUGAUAUAAAAGUGUUAAAUAUGGAAGAAGAAGUCGGCAUUAAAGUGACAAGGUUGAGACGCAGACUAUCUGUUGAGGCUGAAGAUGUCAAGUCUCCUUCACAAUCUACACCAACAAAGAAGAGAGGUGGAAGACUAGCUGCCAAGCCACAGCUGGAACUCAUUGCUGAGAAUGCACCAGAAGCAGUCCCUAAGCGGACAAGGAAGUCAAUAGCUGAACCAGUUGAAGAGAAAGCAGUGACACCCUCAAGGCGCAGUACUAGAAUCAGGUCAAACACCAGCAUAGUGUCUGAGACUCCUGAUGUUGCUGAAGAUAAGGGUACUCCAUCUAGACGCAGCACCCGGAUAAAGUCUAACACUAGUAUCAUUGCUGAGACUGUCCAGAAUGUUAACUCGCCCAGAGCUAAAAGGGCUGCUAGGAGGACUUCUUUGGCUGGCAGUGACAAUGAAGCCCCAGUCACACCAGCUAGACAGACAAGGAGAACCAGGAAAGAUUCUACCUCUAGUGUUGACAAACCUGUUGAACCAGCCAGUAAAUUAGAUACCCAAAUCACUGACGUCAUUGUAGAAGAAGCAGAAAACAAUGUCAAAGACUCUAGUCUUACUGAAAAAUCUAAAACUGAAUCAAUUGCUGAUAAAUCCAAAACAGAAUCACCAAUCAGGAAAAGUCCACGACUCGUUGGAAAAGCCAGAAAGAGCACCUCCAUAGACACGGAAAACAAAGAACAUGAACUACAAAAUGAUAAAGUGACAAGCCAAACAACUGAUGUAGCUGACAAGUCUAUAUCGGAACCAGAAACUGAACAGAAAAAUGAAUCCAAAUCCAAGAAGACAGCAGAAGAAAUUAACAUAUCUUUAACCAGCAAGAAUCUCAUUGAUAAACUGGAAGAAGCUCCCAAAAAAGGCAAAACCGACCUAAACAAAACCACAACAGCCAUUGACGAACCACAGCUCAAAAGUACUAAAAGAAACAGAACUAAAUCAUGGACUACCAUCUCUGUUGAAUCCACUCACGAAAAUAGCUUCUGCAGUGACAGUGAAGCUACCAAAAAGAAGAACAAAAAUAAGAAUGACAGUCUCAAUGUAUCUAUCAUAACAGGAUCUGGUGAUGGUAUGAUGAACACAAGUAAGGGAAAAGAAAAUGUUAUGUUAAAUACAUCAACUCUUUCUAACAAGAAAAAGAAAAAACGAAACGAAAUUUCAAUGAAUGCAGAGACUGAUAAUUCUAUAAAUGAUAUUUCUGUAGUAAACAAAUCUUUGAAUAAAUCAUCAACUAAAUUAGAUGCUAAAGAAGUGUCCAAAGAUGUUGAUGAAGGAAUCGAUAGUCUAAAUUCGUCACAAAAACUUGACUCUAGUAACACUCAGAAGUUCUUUGAACAUGCUCCAAGUGGCACUGUACAGUCUUUGGUAUUUAUUGACGAUUCAGACUCUAAUCAUGAUAGUAUUGGAAAAGAAAGUGCGACUAGUGAAGAUCAGUUGGUUCCAGUAGUCGACCAUCACUUAGAAAAGGAAGAAACAGCCAAUGUGCCAGAAAGUAAUCUCAGUUAUGAACCAAUGGACAUUGAUGAAACUAUGCCAGAAAAUGUCUCACUUUCUACCUUUAAUGACAAAAAUGAUUCUAUAAAUAUCAAGGAAAGCAGGAAAUCAAUUUUAAACAAUUCUCAAAAUCCAAAUGUCAGUCUCAAUAAGUCAAAAAGAAAAUCUGUAGUAUCAAACAUAGCUGAAGAAGAUAGUGUUGAUGGCGGGUCCAAAUCACAAAGAAAUUCUAUGUCUGAAAUAAUUAAUGAUGAUGUUAAAGAGACUAAUAAAUCAAAAAGGAAAUCAUCUAUAUCUAAUAUAUUUUCUGAAGAUACUACAGAUAGUGGUUCACAGGACGUGAGUCGUAAAUCUUUAGUGGUAGACAUGGACACUCAAGAUGAUAGCAUCCUCAAUAAAUCAAACAAAUCCAAGAGAAAGUCUUCCAUAUCACACAAUGUAACUGAAGACAAUGCUGAUGAAGAUUCCAACAAUUCUAUUAGGAAGUCUCUAAACCCAGAAGCAUCUAAUGAUGAGAGUGUAAACAAAGGAUCAAAUAAAUCAUUAAGAAAAUCAUCAGUCACUGACUUGGUCAAUGAUAAUUUGGACAAAAGUUUGAAUAAAUCCAAGAGAAAGUCUUCAGUAGCAGCCAUGGACACUGAAAACGAUACAGAGGAAGAUUCCAAUGAGACAAGUAACAAAUCUACAAGAAAAUCUACAAUCUUGGACCUAACCAAUGGCGAAGUUGACACAAGCCUAAACAAAUCCAAAAGGAAAUCCUCAGUGUCGGCUAUGAUUGCUGAAGUAAGUGUCAAUGGUCCCAAAACUUCGUUGUCAGAUUCCUGUAACGACGAUGACAUGAUUAACAAAAGCAAUAACAAGUCUAAGAGGAAAUCGUCUAUUGGUAACAUUGCUAAUAAUGACAGUAUGAAUAAGAGUUCUGAUAAAACCAAAAACAAGUCACUUUUGGAUAAAUCUGAAAGUGCUAAAAGUACUCUUGUGCUAUCCCAACUUAAAGAUAUGUCUGAAAAUGAAAAUUUAGAAACUAGUGUGCCUAAAGACAAUAAUGAAUCGAGUGAACAAUUGUCGAAGUCUGUUAACGUGCCAAAUGUUAAUGCUGAGAAAGAGACUGAUAAGAAGAAUCUGUCACUAACAUACUCAACAAGUACUCCACUCCAACAAAAGUCACUUAAAAAAUUAGGCCUGCAAAUUAACAGUUCAAUUAUAGCUCCCAAUAGUGCAACAAAGGCUGAGAAAAAAGAUACUCCUAACAAGUCAAAGAAAGAAAUAUCUAUUAUGUCACAACAAAAAGACGAGUCGUCUGAAGAAGAAGGUACAGAAAAUGAGUCGGAAGAAGAAGGUGGUUCUGAAGAUGAGUCAGAAGAAGAAGGAGGUUCAGAAGAUGAAUCGGAAGAAGAAUCAUCAUUGAAAAAGAGUAAAAUGAUUGAUGACGAAGCUGAAGAGGCCAGUGACGACUACGAAUCAGGCGACAGCAGGGAUGAGGAUGAAAGAGAAUAUGAGAAACAAAAUGAAAUAGUAGAAAAAGGCGAAACUCUUGAUUCAGACGAUGAGGACGGAUAUUCUGAUGACUCUGACUACGAAAAAGAUUCGUUUGUUGUGACAUCUGAUGAGGAGGACAAUGACCUGCUUAGCGGUUCCGGCGAUGAUCUGUCUAUGAGUGCUGAUGAGCUAACAAUGAGCGCGAAAUCUAAAAAGAAGUUCAACGAACGCAAACUAAAAGAACAAAAGAAAGCUUCCAGAGAAAUGUUUGAAGCGAGACACAAAUUGAAUGAGUCUGAUAAGAGUGCCAAAUCCACUAAGGCUAAGGCGAAGAAAAAUAACCGCCAGCGUCUAGAUUCGUCUUCGUCAGAAUCAGAUGAGGAAGUUACCGCACAACCUAAGAAAAACAGGCGUCAAAGAAUCGAUUCUAGUCAAGAUAUCAGUGUAAAAUCUGAUGCUGAUAAGUCUAUGAAGAAGAAAGUAAAACGUUUAUCAGAAUCUGUAUGUGACGAUAAUGCGACAAAUGAAAAAGAAAUAACGAUUACUGAAGAAAGUCAAUCAGGUGAAACAGAUCCGUUGACAUUGCGUGAUGUUGUUAAAGUGGAGCCUAAAACUCCUCAGAAGGAACUAGAGAUUUCAACAGUAGCUGUAACUGAUAUGGAUGAGAUGGAAGAAGUGAAUGUUGAUGAAGAUGUUUCGAUGAUAAAAACUAAUCAAACUUCCGACCCACUACAGGCUACUACUGCACAAGAUGACGAGGAAGCUACUGACAAUGACUCCAUUAGUGAAAAUGAAGAAAUAACACAAAAUUAUGAAUCUAUUCUUAAUAACUUAAACAAAUCAAAUACUAAAAAGAUUAAAAACGCAGACAUUUCUUUGGAUCUUAAUAAAAAGUCGAAGAAAAAGUCUAAAGAGCCUAUUGUAGAUGAACUAAAUCUUACACAAGUAAAGAAAUCUAACAAGAAGAAAGCUAACUCUGGUGAAAAUGCUACAGAUAAUAAGAAACAGAAUAAGUCUUUGACUAACAAAAGUAUUGAUAAAGUUGCUAAAGAAGUUGAUACAUUCUCUGAAGGUUCAUCUGAUUCUAUUGACAUGAAACUGUUAUUCAAUGAAGACAGUAAUGACAGUGAGUUAGUAACAAGUAAGAAAAAGAAUAAAAGUCUUACUGCUCAAAAAGAUGAUGACCAAGAUGUUGACGAAUUCAUACCUUUGAAGAGAACUGAAGCUAAAACAAACAUUCUCGAAGAUACCGAUGUUGGCAACAAGUCAAAGAAUGAAUCUUUGUUGAAUGUAAGCAGCAAAGAGAAGAAAAAUAAGCGGAAAUCAUCUCUGGUGGAAGAAAUAUCAGCAAUGAGUCCGCCAGAGGAAGAGACUUUAGGCUUCUUUAUAGACACAACGGGCACUCAUGCUGAUGAAACUAAGACUGAUGCCAACACUUCAAUCAAGAACAGUGCAAAGAAGAAUAAACAGAAGAACAAUGUUUCCUUCGCCGAUAUUGCGGAUGCACUAGUUGAUGACGAUUCCAAUGACGCGCCACUGGAGGUUUCAUAUGUCAGUCAGAAAAACAAAUCCAGGCAAGACUUGAAUGUGACUCAAAAUAAUGAAGCAGGUGAUGAAAUAGUUGAAGCCAAUAGCAGUGCCAAAAAGAAGAAUAAGAAGAACAAAAAGGGAUUGAACAGUUCGCAAAAUGUAACAGACAUCAGUAUCAUUGAAAAUGAAGAGAAAGAAACAGAAAAGCCUGCUAACAUCUCUAUCUCCAAUGUCGAGGGAAGUGCUAAAAAGAAAAAGAAGAAAUUGUCAGAAUCUCAAAUGGAUCAGGAAACAGAAAUUACAGUCCCAGAGGAAGCAAAGCAAAAUAUUUCGUUGGAUAGUGGCAAGAAAAAGAAACAAAAUCCUGUUCCACAAGUGACUGAAGUUGAACAAAAUAAUGACAAUGAAGAUAAUGGGGACGAAAGUAGUCAGGAGCAGAUCACAAAGAAACGCAAACGUAAAUCUUCACUCAAUCAAACUAUUGAAGAAAUAGUUAUUAAAGAUGAUGUAAAACUUACUCAUGACGAGUCAAUGACUAAAAAGAAUCAAAAGAAAAAACGAAAGAUUUCUAACAAUGAUGAAGACAACAAACCUGCUGGUCCUGCUAUUGAGACACUAAUGCCUGUUGACAAUAAUAAAACUAAAAGAAAAGUGGUGCAACAACAAGAAGUGGACAUAAGAGAUGAAGGCACCAAGAAAAACAAAAAACGAAAAGAAAGGGAUGACGACGAUUCUACUAAACAAUCAAAGGUUCUUAAACAAAAUUCGUUUGAUAAAAUUCAUAUUCCACGGCUGUCUGCUGACGUAUUAAAACACCUUGACGAAAAACUUAAAAAGGACUCUAAAACGAAGAAAGCAAAUGUGACAUCCACAUCUUCAUUUGUUGUGGAAGAAACGAAGACAAGAAGAAAUAAACCCUCAAAUUAUCUUGAAGAAAGUAUAUAUUUGAAUGACGAUGGCAAUGGCAAAAACCUUAAACCUUCCAUAAAGAAACCAAAAGUUUUGCCAUUUAUACCAACUGCCUCAACAUCAGACAGUGGUUUUACCACUAAUUUCAAAGUUAGUUUAAUUUCUCGUGAAACACAAUUUGUUGCUCAAUCUACCGAUUUACCGAACUUUAAAAAUGAUUACCUUAAUAAGAAAAGGAUAAAGAAACUCGGUACAUUUGAGCUGUAUAAAAGACAAAGAAAUAUCAAAAUAUCGAAAUUCUAACAUUCUACAAUGGAGUUGUGUCAAAGUAUGUUGCCAUUAUACCGCCUUUUUCCAGUGUAAUUUAGUAUUUAGGUCCUGAUGUAAUGGUCUACUCAUUAUUGUUUGGCUGUAAUGUCUCUUAUUGUUGGAUUUUUAUGAACUUGUUAAUGUUGCAUUGUUAUAAAUUGAAAACUGCCAAAAGUUAGUUAAUUUGUUGUGGACUGCUUUCUUCUUGAUGAUAUUACUAGAUUCAUAGAAAAUAUUGUGUAAGUACUUUUCUAUAAUUGUUCGUAUUUUUUAAUAUGUAUUGUUGAUUGAAAAUUGUAUGUAAUUGUUUAAUGACCAUGGUUGACCUUUUGCUGGUUUUUACAAUACUUUACUGUUUAUGUUAUUUAUAAUUUUACUUGUAUUAGUUAAGUAAUUUAGAUGCCUGGAUCAUGACUUGAAAACGGCUACUAAAAUGUGAGCAUUUAUUUAGUUGAUACUUUUUUGUACGAUGGCUUGUUUUAUAUUUUAGAUCAGUGUUCGAGAGUAUCAACAAAAUAAAAACAAAAUUACAUAUUUUCUUGGUCUUAACAUUAUCUACGAUUGAAUGAUGACUUUGAAUUUUGUUAUUUUUAAAGUUACCGCCAAGGUUUUCUAGGAGCCACUAGAGGGCGCUGGCGUCGGACUAAAGUGGUAUCGCCCAUGUGCCUUCGGUUUCCAUUUAUAUUUACUUAGUUUUGGACAUUUAAUUAUUUACUUCAAUAAAAAUAUUCUUUCAAAUGAAA